GGGGCGGAGCCUAACCGACGAGCUGGCUGGACGUGCUCUGCUAGAGCUCCCGCCACACGAACCCUAAAUCUGCGGAUUAAUCGAGCUACAGAGCCCCAAUCCUCCUGGGACCUGGCCCACGGCAUGGGGGAACCCGGCCGGAAUCGAAUGAUGCCGCACUCGACACCCGGGACGACGGACACCGCCACGGCAAACUGAGGCCUACCAAGGGAGGCGGAGGAGAAGAACGGCAGCUUUCCCUCCGAUCGCAGCCAGCAGCACGCGAAUACACACUCCCCCCCCCAUGGACCGGCGUGGGAUAUCCCGGUCCCUGCUAGACGGAGAGCCUCGAGCCCUUCACCUCCCGACCAUGCCCGCGACUCUUUCAAGCAAAGCGGGCUUUAGGGCCUCCAAAAUGGCGGACAAGAGAGACCUAGCAAAAUUAAAUGAGCAACCACUACCUAGUCUGGGCACAGACAUAAAUGAGAGAGACUCAAUCAAUAUACUCUUUGAAGACUUUUGGGCUAAAUUGAUGGCACUCUUACAGCCAACUGAGCUAAGCAAAACAGAGCUUAUGAGAUGCACGGAUCAAGCAGAGGGGAAACCUGGGAAACUCCCACGAGACAACUUGGCACCCCUAACUACAACGCCCCAAACUCGGGGCCCCACCGCACUGAGGGCAUCAAGGGUAAAACCCCAGGGGGGCCAGCCACACCAGUGGAGGGUGGCAAAACGUAAGAGUCAGAGGCGGGAGAAAAACACCCACCGCACCAAUCCCAACAGGCAAAACCCUGAGCCAUAGCGAAGGGCCACCAGCUCACGCAUGGAACCGCAGCAGGAGGAUACAAGCAACCCACCACAGACCCAGGUGGCCCUCAGGGGCACUGGUCUCACGUUCCCUCUGUAGACACCGGGUCUUGGGCGCACUGACUCAGGCCCACAACGCAACCUGGAGCACAUGGGAUGGCAAGUCCAACCUACGCUUACAGUCUUUGCAGGAACACAUCCGGAUGCAUCCGAUGGCGCCCAGGAGCCACACGACCAUACCAAGCCGAGGCAUUGGCUGACAGUGCCACAUGUCCCCGAGCGCGGUACACGUGUACAU